CCCUUGCGGCGUUGUUCUUGUUGUUGUUGUUGCCCCUCGAUCCCUGCCCGCGACGACGUGUGGACCUUUUGGCGCCGCUGUGAGCGUGAGUGUUGGAAAGUCUCCACCUCUCCUCCUCGCCGCCGGCACCACCUUCGCUGGCGUAGACCUCGUCCGCUGCGGCGGUGGCCACGUUACGCCUGGGCGUCUGAGGAUACCCCGGCAGGGCUGGGGCUUUCGCGGGCUCGGCCGUCUCGAGAACCGCUCCUUGUCCGUGUCUCCAACGCCCUUCUCAUUCAGACGGUUCAUGCCGACCAACACAUGCAUCAUCUCGACCUUCGGGUCCUCCAGCCCCACCAGGUGGGUGGCAGCUUCCUUUGCAGCUGCCUUGUAUUGUUUUUAUGUCUCUUGGUACACGCUGAAGAUGGCGUCAUAAUCGGCGCGGCGCUUCUUCUCAAUAGCUUCUCGACCGGCCGAUCGACUCGAGGGGGCGACGUCGGCAUAGCCUGGGGCUGGCAUGACGAAGACGACGGCGCAGGCGGAGUGCGUGGCGCCAGAGCGGCGGGAGUAGGCAACCGUGACUUACGGCCCAGGUCAGGCAUCUAGGGGGGAACUGGAAAGGGAGGCAAGCCAGCAGAUGAAUUCCACAAGACGGGGACGGACAUAAAGGCUAGUAGGUAUGUGUAGGGCCCCCACUUGGUCGGAGAGCAGAGUUGCGUGCCACGACAGGAUCGGCAUGUGUUGGGCCGCUACGACGUUGGAGGACGACUUUACGUGCCUCCUCGGCUGCAGCUUUAGCCUCAUCUUCCACCCCCUUGCUGAACCGCUGUUGCAAGAGUUGGGUUUCUGAUUCAAGAUGUUCCCAGAAGGGAGCUUGACGCUAGGCGGCCUUGCGCUGGAUGAGGGCUGGGCUGAUCUGACUCUCACGCGAUGGGAUCGUAUCUCAGUCGGUGAGGUCUGAAGAUGGCGGCAGGAGACGACUGGUGAUGGUGGUACUGCGCUUUGUGUUGGAUAAGGGGUCUGUCGACAUAAAAGAGGUGUAAA